AGACCGUCGAGUAAAACGAUUGUGUGUGCUUUGCUCCAAACAAUUUUAAAUCUAAACAUAGAUUCGGUGCAUGUACUAAGUAUAUAUAUACACAUAUAUGUAUGUUGCACAGUCAGCAAAAAGUGUUUGUUUCAACGAUCGUGCCUUUGUUGGAUUCUGAAAAGUUUUGUGUAUAAGAUGGCAAGCCCCUCUCAACGUCAAAGCAAUGGUCUGGACUUUGAACUGUUGUGCGAAACAUUUGCUGAGAUAUGUCCUGAUUUCAAUUCUGUUUCGUCGACUGGAAAAUUGUGGAGCUUGGGUUUCGCAGGCAAAGUGCUAUUUGAACUUGGUCCCAAGAUGCGUCAAAUUAAGCAGAGUGGCGAGCAUCAGAUGUGGCGAAUGCUCUUUGAAGAUAACAUGAGCGUCUACAUAUACACUGACGUCUUUCCGCAUCAAAUUAAUGUGCAGCCCCGUCAACACGAUCACAAGCUGUAUCUGACGCUCAAUCAGGCUAGUUUGUUAGCCGUGAGUGCUUUGUGCCGUAUGUUACCCUUGCAGCAAAAUCCAAUUAGGCUCACACCCAUGGCCAGUGCGAUUUUCUCACAGCAAAGUAUUCCGAGAAUUGCGUCAGAUCUGUCGACGCUGUUGGGGCACAACGUAGAAUUUGGUCAAGUGUUCAAGGCCGUUAUCAGUAGUUGUCAAGUCGAUGGCUUUCAUUUGGCGGAUAGUGAGUGCCACAUUGCCAUUGUGGCAGUUGAUACAACCGCUAAGGAUGCAGUGCAGCGCCAGAAAUUGCGCGACAAGACUCUGCGUCUCUACGAACAAAGAGGGAAGACGUUUGAUCAGUCGCAGUACGACGUUUACGCCAAGCACUCAUAUAUGGCUGUGAAUCAGAUAAUGAAGCAUAUUCAAUCAACUAUUAUAGCAACGUUGCCAUCUUCUAAAUCAGAUGAUUAGAUCAGUUUACCAGGCUAUUCUAGUGUGGCUAUGUCUGUCUCAAAUCUCCCCAUCCCCAUAGAUGUGAAAGUUGAACCCAGCUGCCAAGAAAAUUUGAUAUCGAAGAUGUUAAAACCAAUGAAGUGACCCAGAAAGGAAACCCUUGGGAAGUAUAAAAUAAAUUUUUUUAAAAAAGAC